CUUUUCCGGUACAAAGCGGAAGUAGUGGAGAGUGCAUGUAGUUUUGAAUUAGCCAAGCGAUGAGUAUAUCCGAAAAUGGGGGUAACAUGUGUGUGCCAGGUUCCUAUACUGGAGGGAAAGAGUGUACAACAGACAGUGGAUAUGCUGCACAAGAAGCUUGAACAACUAGGUGCCGUGAAGCAGGGAAGCUUUUUUGUAGAUUGUGAGACGUAUCAUGCUACAAGCAAUGCAAGUGGUAAGAAGAGGCAACCUUCCAAACUCCUGUAUGUCAUGCAUAACUCAGAAACCCCCCUGAGCUGUUUAGCUCUGUUUGAGGGAGGACCUUACCUGACUGCCGAUGUAAACUUUGAUGUUCUGAUGGUGAAGCUUAAGAGUCAUUUCCAAAACGCAAAGGGCCACAAAGUGGAGAGUCGAGGCACUCGGUAUCGCUACUGCGAUUUUCUUGUGAAAGUUGGCACAGUGACUAUGAGUUCUAGUGCAAGGGGUAUCUCAGUUGAGGUGGAAUACUGUGCUUGUGUUGUUCCUGGAGAUUGCUGGAACCUCAUGAAGGAGUUUAUGCAAAGCUUCUUGGGCUCUAAUGUUCCUGAACUGCCCUCUGUCUUUGCUGCCAAACCUGAGGGUCUUUAUGCACCUGUAGACUGCAUGGACACAAUGGUUCAGUACUUAGAACUCUUCAGCAAAGUCCGCAAACAGCAAGUGAUACCAGGAGCCAGUGUGCGCUAAGA